CUCAGUGUUGCUAUACAGGUAACUAACGGCGCUACUUUCAUGUCUUAAUUGCCAAUUAACACCUUUGUAACCUAAAUUAUCACAUAAUUUGAGUAAUUUGACUUUAAAAACUGAAUCAUGCUUGGCCGGAGGGGUGCUUUAUCAAGUACAGUGAAUGCGAUCAAGAGAGACAUUGAACAAAUAUGUCAAAGUGGAAACUAUUAUGUGACAGAAGAAUUGGGCAAUGAGUUCAACACUAUUGCUAAUGGACUGGACCACUUAAAACUAGAUGGGAAUUUAAUAACAUCAUCUUCAGACUGGCAGAAAGGCUUUGAUUCCGCCCAGAUCACAGCACAUGCACAGUAUGCUCAGAAUGCGCUGGACACCCUGGCAGCCACAUUGUAUGACUACAAAAGUAAGAUGGAAACAACCAGUGUUAGCAACUGCCAGGAGAAUGAGAUCAGGGAAAGACAUCAUUGGGCUCUGAACAAUCUUAAAAAUGCUGAGAAGGAGCUGAAUACUUUCACCACUGGGGCUGCAGAUAGAAUCAAGCAGUUUGGUGACCACAUUGGUGUAACUGACCGGUACACUGGUUACCGUAACAACCUGACCCGUGGAAGCCGAGAACCGUUCAAGCUGGGAACCAGCUGGGUGGACAAAAACACUCAGGGUGGUUACCUUCGCAGCAGUUUCCAAAGAUCAAACACUUAUGGCGGAGAAGCCCUUGGUCAGAAAGCAUCCACCCAGCCUAGAACUGCCUCAGCUGUAAGGUUUGGGAAUGUCCAGCCAGCUCGAGUCGAAAACAAAGGAUACCAGACAGUUGACAGCAUUUUCCCGCGCAGUAACACAAUGUUCCCAGAGGGUGCAGCAGACAGGAGUCAGGCGCUCGCGAACCUCAAGACUGCAAACACGCUCAAUGCCUCUGCCUCCAACAGCCAGGCAUUCCUUUCUCAACCUCGCGGACAGAAAAACAUGUCAGUCCAGGAGCAGGCUGGAAUCAACACAACAUUCCCUGGAAGGACGGAGUACAUGACUCGUUACAAGUCUCCACCAACUGAUGUGCGCACCAGUCACUUUAUAGUCAACCCGACUCCCAACUUUAUGCUCCAUGGAAGGCCCCUUGGUUUGACCUCCUAUUCUCCAAGUUUCACUGAGUACCAGACCAGAUAUGAAUGGCCCGACUCAAACAAAAUUGUUAAACUACCAUGGAGAAGGAAUUAAUACUGUUGAGUAAUGUAGCAUUACUUCAUUAAUUCUUUAGCAAAUAAACAUUAAGCAUAUUGUUAAGAUAGAAGAAAAUGAACAAAAUAAUGUUAAGCUUGAUUUAGCAAAAAAAAAUCGGCUAAAUUCUCUCUUAUUCUAAACUAAUGUGAUCUUAUUUACACGUUGUUUUAAGAAAUCAAGUUCCUUUGCACUAAUACCUCUCAGGUUUUUAAUGCCAAAGGAAAUUUAUAUUAUCUUUGUGUGUUUUUAAAGCAUUACUUGCAAACUAUAUACAUGUAUAAAUUAUAUUAUAUCAAACAAGAAGUGUUUUAAGUGUGAAGCUGUGAUGUUUGGUUGUUGAUUGCAUUUCUGUGAUACAUACGGUACAUGUUAUUGUAUUUUUUACAACUCAAAACUUUCUUCAAACUUAUGCUAUAUUUAUGAAUGUUUAAUUGCAUAAUAUUUAACCGAGGUACUUAUAAAGUUGUUGUUGGACAGUAUUACAUGUUAAGCAUUACUUGUAUUUAAAACAUAAUGCAGAGUAAAUAGAUUUAUUUUUACACAAAAAAUAAUAUUUCUGUUAAGCAUAGCUAAAAUUUUAUGCAUUUGAUAGAAUAUAUGUUUACAACUGUUAUAUUUGUUUAUAUUCAGUAUUAUGAUAGAUAAUGUGUAAAUUGCAACUGCAAUAUUUUUAUAAACGUUUAUAUCUUUUAUGUUUCAAUCUUCAAGAGCAUGCUUUUGUGACGUUUUGUAGUGUUAUUCCUCAUACAUAGGCAGAUAAAAAAGAAUUGGUUUCGGUUUUCAUUUUCCAUUGACAUUUGAAAAAAAUAAAUUUAGUAAAUGGUAGUGUUCCUGAUAAUGUUUAAAAUUGAUGACAUGGCAAAUAUUUCAGGUUUCAGUUCUUUUCUUAUUUUGUUUUCGACUUUCCUAAAUUUAUAACAAAGGGCUGGAUAGGGCUUGAAACAGGAAGUUACUUAACAAAAGUUUGUAUAGUUUAACAAUGUCUUACUUUAACCAAGCUGGGAACCAUCCCACUGAACCUCUAUUUAACAUAUAAAUAUGCACCUGUGUUUCAAAUAUGCACUAAUUAACCUGCCCACAUGUCGUCUCAAGAUACAUGUACAAAUGUAUUUUACAUUCUGAUUGUCUUUUACUUUGAUUCAUUACUUUUGAAAAUAAAUAUAAAACCAACAU